AUGCCGAGUGUACAAGAGAUGAUGAUUGCUAGGCUUGUGGGGGAUAUGAAGCAAGCAGUCAAGCGCAAAGCCGAUGAAUCGGACUCGGAACACUCAAUAGACCAAACCACGAACAGGGGGAACAAGCUGAAGAAGAGGGCCAGAUACGUCCGCGAGGGCAGGUUGGCGAUGCCGAACGGUCCACAGGCUUACAAAAAGACGAUCACCUACAACGAGCACUAUGAGAGAACAAUCAUUAGCGAACGCCCGAUGCUUUACGACGAGGAUGGCUACGAGAUGGACAGUGAAGACGAUGAAGAUGGCGAGGCUUUGGCCGCUGCGAAUGAAUUCUAUCCAUAUAAUGAUGUUCGAAUGGAAGAGUUGCUUGCGCCAUUGACAUCAGUUACCGACCUGCCAAACCACCCAACAUUAUCUAGGCCGUUCACAUCAAAAACGCUCACCGAACUCACUCUGAAUGCGCGGUCAAUGAUGCAGAAGGAAAAGGAGACUCUAUGGAAAAUGAAGCGCCUUCUGACAAGGCUGAGCGGUGAUCACAUAUGGGUACCUACAGCUCUACUCGAGACGCCGAACGAUAUAAGAUUUUUUGGUGAUGGCAGAAACGAAUACCGGGAACACCUUCUCGAAAAAAAGCGAUUGGAAGGUACUCGUAGCGAAGAUACAUCUAUGAACGGGGGCAUACAGGCACAACUAGACAUUGCUACGCCUGAACAGGCUGUAGACAAUGCUGCGACCGAAAACGAAGUCGCAAUGGUUGAUGUUCCCACUCAGAACGGUUCUGGCCAAGAAGUAAAGGUUUCAACAUCCGUUGAGCCUCCCGUGGCUGAGGACGUGACCGCUGCAACCAACGGAGACACCAAUGCAACGGAACUAGAUGCCGACAAGAAAGCCACCGAGCCUCAUGAAUCCGAAAAUCAACAAAAUGCCAACGAGACCGACAAGAUGGACGGAGUCGUUACCGAUGCAGCGGCCACUGCAGAUGCCGAAGAACCCGCCGAGGACAAAGCUAACCAAUUCGAAGAUCCCGACACCACCCUUCCUGACCCUGAUGUACCGGCAGACGAUGAAUCCGAAGAGAAGGACGAAACUGAUGCCCCGGAGCCAAGGCGCAUGCGCACGCGCGCCCAGGCGCAAGCCGCAUCCGACGACAACGUGAGAUCUCGCACACGAUCCCUCUCAACUUCCUCCAACGACUCUUUCAUACACCCGUUUUUCUUGGCACCCCAGUCUGCGAUUCCAGACAGAGACAUUGGGCUCCCGACGCAGGAGGCAGAUGAGACAAGGCGGUUGCUGCAGCUGUUUGUACAGAAGCAGGAGGAGGUGUGCAGGGGAAGCGAGAAGCUCUACGAGGGUCUUCUUAAGGCGGAUCGACUGCGCAAUGAUGUGAUGAAAUGGGCCAAGGCCGAGGCGCACACUGGCGAGAAUGGAAUGAGUGACGGCGAAGAUUGGUACGAUAUGGAGGAGUGGAAUUUGGAUGAGGAGUUGAAGAAGGGGCAGGACGAAGACGACGAGGACGCGGCUACGACUGCGAAGAAAACGAGGACUAGGAGGCAAUAA